GCGGCUACGGCCAGCGCUAGCAGUGUGCUUUGCGUCGCCGUCCCGGGCUGCCGCAACGCCCCUCCACGCCACGCCCCGACUUGAUCGCAAACGUGCCGAGCAGAGCCGAGCCGAACCGACCACUGUCAAGCGGAGCCGCGUCCCGAGCUCGCGUCGUCUGCUCGCGUCGUCUGCUAACCCAUCCGUCCAGUCGCGUCGUCUGCUCCGCUCUCGUCGGGACCGUGGCCGUGUGUUUAAUUUAUUGUAGUGAAGUGAGGCACGACAGACACCAUGGAUAAGCCCGCCGUGUACGCGCCCAACCCCAAGCUCGCCAAGAAUGCCCACAUCAGCAGCAUGGCCCAGUACAAGGAGAUGUACGCCAAGUCCAUCGACAAGCCCGAGGAGUUCUGGCUGCCCGUGUACAAGCAGUUCCACUGGGAGACGCCGUACACGCCCGGCAAGUUCCUCAGCUACAACUUCGACACGGAGAAGGGCCCCGUGGAGAUCAAGUGGCUGGACGGCGCCACCACCAACGUGUGCUACAACCUGCUGGACCGCACCGUGCGCUGCGGCAACGGUGACAGGAUCGCCUACUACUGGGAGGGCAAUGACCCCGAGGACUACAGCCGCAUCACCUACAAGAAGCUGCUGCAGGAGGUCUGCCGCUUCGCCAACGUGCUCAAGGACCACGGCGUGCAGAAGGGCGACCGCGUGGCCAUCUACAUGCCCAUGGUGCUCGAGGUGGUCAUCGCCAUGCUCGCCUGCAGCCGCAUCGGCGCCGUCCAUGCCAUCACAUUCGCCGGCUUCUCUUCCGACUCCCUGGCCGAGCGCAUCCUGGACUCGAAGAGCAAGCUGCUGGUGACCGCCGACUGCGUCAUGAGGGGCGAGAAGCUCAUUUGCCUGAAGGACAUCUGCGAUACAGCCAUGGACCGCGCGGCCGAGCAGGGUCACGUCGUGGAGUGCUGCAUCGUGGUGGAGCACCUGGCGCGGCUCAACGCGACGCUCAACGCGCAGGACAACGGCCACGCCAACGGCACCAACGGCACCAACGGCAACUCCAACGGCACCAACGGCACCAACGGCAGCGCGGCCUACAAGAAGGUGGACAUGAAGGAGGACCGCGACUUCUGGUGGACCGAGGAGAUGGAGGACGCGCCGUCGUCCUGCUACCCGGUCUGGGUCAGCGCCGAGGACCCGCUGUUCAUGCUGUACACAAGUGGAUCCACUGGUAAGCCCAAGGGCGUCCUGCACACGACUGGCGGCUACCUCAUGUACGCGGCCACCACCUUCAAGUACGUGUUCGACUACAAGCCCAACGACGUGUACUGGUGCACUGCCGACGUGGGCUGGAUCACCGGACACACCUACGUCGUGUACGGCCCCCUCGCCAACGGCGCCACCUCCGUCAUCUUCGAAGGCACCCCGUUCUACCCCGGCAACGAUCGCUACUGGUCCGUCAUCGACAAGUACAAGGUCUCGCAGUUCUACACCGCCCCCACUGCCAUCCGCUCCCUCAUGAAGUUCGGCGACGAGCCCGUCCUCAAGCACAGCCUGGCCUCGCUCAAGGUGCUCGGCUCCGUGGGCGAGCCCAUCAACCCCGAGGCGUGGCUGUGGUACUACAAGAUGAUCGGCAAGGAGGAGUGCUCCAUCGUGGACACGUUCUGGCAGACGGAGACCGGCGGCCACGUGCUGACGCCGCUGCCCGGCUGCACGCCCAUGAAGCCCGGCGCGGCCUCCUUCCCCUUCUUCGGCGUGCAGCCCGUGCUGCUGGACGAGGCCGGCAAGGUGGUGGAGGGCCCCGGGGAGGGCUACCUCGUGUUCAACCGGCCCUGGCCCGGCAUGAUGCGGACGCUGUUCGGCAACCACGAGCGCUUCCAGCAGGUCUACUUCAGCCGCUUCCCCGGCUACUACUGCACCGGCGACGGUGCGCGGCGGGACGAGGACGGCUACCUGUGGGUGACGGGCCGCGUCGACGACAUGCUCAACGUGUCCGGACACCUGAUGAGCACCGCGGAGGUCGAGUCCGUGCUGGUGGAGCACGCCAGCGUGUCUGAGGCCGCCGUCGUGUCCAGGCCGCACCCCGUCAAGGGCGAGUGCCUGUACUGCUUCGUGACGCCCAACGAGGGCGCCGUCUUCGACAAGAAGCUGACCGACGAGCUCAAGAAGCAAGUGCGAGAAAGGAUAGGCCCCUUCGCCAUGCCCGAGGUGAUCCAAAACGCACCGGGCCUGCCCAAGACGCGGUCGGGCAAGAUCAUGCGCCGAGUGCUCCGGAAGGUGGCCCUCAACGACCGAGACGUCGGCGACAUCUCCACCCUGGCCGACGAGGGCGUCGUCGACCAGCUCUUUGCCAACCGGCCACCCGAAGCCCAGCGAGCGGCGUAAAGGGCCGAGGAGUCCUUAUUUGUGUGUAUUGUACCAGCGUCCGGAAAAAGUGAUCGGGCUUGACGAGCAGUGAGCAGGGCACGCGUGUUUGCGUGUCCCAGGAAGGACGGAUCUGAUAGAGCGAGGCCACGGUAUGGUGGCUGUCGCUAUAGUACCUUGCCUUGCUUGGAACAAGUAAGGAGAAAAAGGCAAAUAGAAGAUUAUCCGGACAAGGUUUCACUCUUGGUCCUUGUUGGUCCUCUUUGUUUAUGUUGAAAGUGUGCCCGCAAGAAUGAUUGGUUGGAAUUUUUGAAUGUGCAGCAAAUCCUUUGUGCGAUUACUUGAUAACAAAAGAUUGGUGACAUUGUUGCGGAGUUGAGCCUUUCUCCGUGAAGGAACCUAUGGUAUGCACGCCAGCAGUAUUGUACAAGAUGUUAUUUAUUAAUAGAAUCCACCUUGUUCUCCAAUGUUAUACAUAUAUUGCCUUGUUAAUAGCAGAAUCUUCUUCCCCUCAAAUAAAUGCUGAAUACGAGUCUCAUACAUAUCAAGGAUGCAGAAACUGAGUCAGAUUUUAUGGGUGAUGAGAGGAUGGGAAAAUGUCAAAGCAGGUCAUUCUUUGGCAUUUUCAAGUAGGUGAGUAUUGUAAAUAAUUCUCAUAGCGCACUAAGAAAUUUUGUGUGAUAAGCUUAACAGAUUCAUUUUAGUGUUAGAUGUAACAAAUGCAGAAGACUUAUGACCAUAAAGCACAUUCUAUUUUAUUUCAUGGUCAACGUCUUUGCUUUGAAUCAUCGACACUCAGUGUGUUAUUUUAUAAGAGAUUGUUUAUGCCUGUUGUACAGUAAAUUAGAUGAGUGAGGUGCAGGAACACCUUUACUACAUGAUUGAUUGGCCAGUUCCUAAAUGUAUUUUAACUUACAGAAAUUUAGUGCCAUGAAGUAAAAAAAAUAAUAAAAAUAAAUUAAACAGUGCUUUGUAGCAGAUUUCAAGAAAAUGACAGUGCAGUUCUCUGGAAAUGAAAAUUGGUGAUUGGAAUAAUUGAUUGAAAUUUUGCCUUACUGUCCACCAUGAUACGCUUGUGAAAGGUAACAUGAAAACAGGACCAAUAAUUUAUUUGGAGAAGUGACAUUCAAUCUCGAGAAAAGGGGAACAUAACAGAACUGCAAAGCCACUAUAAAUAAUGAGCAGUACAGUCUUCUUAGGAUGACUGGAAUAUACAUAUCAUUCCAAGGCCCAUUUACUUGUUUGUUGCACAAUUUUGUCGCCUUUAAUGCUGAAUAUUUUGAGAGAAAUGUUACGACUGUUAAAUAUUGCAGAGGAUGAUACCUCUUGAUCUCGCUGUGUGUCAUUAUGGUAGAGUAAAAUUUACCAUAUUCAAAUGAUUGCUAUAUUAACUGCUCGUUUUAUUUGAAGAUGUUGUUCUUCAGAAGCCUGUGUUCUUAGACAAAUUUAAUCCAAUGUCUUACUAUAAGAAAAGGAAUUGUACCUCAUUUUCCAAGUGAACAAGUAUGAAUGAAUAUCAGCCGAGGUCCUGCGAGUCAGCUUCAUUAAAAGAUGCUUAAGGUUUAAAACAAAGAGAAGAAAAGAAAUAUGCAUACAUAUCAUUGUUGUAAUUGGAUAGCAUUCCAAAUUUAUUGUAGUUAUAUGAUAAGAGUAAAAUUCAUGAACCAGUGUGAUUCUGUAGGUUGCUAAUGUUACCAGUAAAAGAGACUGCUUACAAAAAUAGAA